AUGAACAGCUCGAAUGUCACCAGUGAGUUUUGUCCAAUAAAGCCUCAACACAUCUCCAUUCCUGUGCUUUAUUGUCUAGUCUUCCUGGUGGGAUUCCUGCUGAAUGUCUUCAGUUUAUGGGUGUUCACAUGCAGGACAGCAGUCUGGAAGUCUGGCACUGUUCUUCAGUUCCAUCUUGCUCUAUGUGACGUCAUCAUAUGUCCUAUGGCACCUUUUAUGGCAGUAUAUUAUCAUACGUCUAACUGGCUUUUUGGGAAAGCUCUCUGCCGGCUCAAAAUAGCUUUAAUAAUCUCUCACAUUAGCAGCAGUAUUCUGUUUCUCACUUCCAUUAGCAUUCAUCGCUAUGUGGCUGUGGUUCGAUUUAAUCGAGACUCUUACAUGAAUCAAAAAGACUUUGUCCAGAAGCUCUGUAUUGGAAUUUGGGUUGUUGCAUUGGUUAAAGGAACUGCAUUAGCAGCGAUUGCAGACACAAGCACUGUAAACAAUUACACUUUAUGCCUCAGCGUUCACCAAGGACAGUAUAUCGACAUUUAUUUAAUGGUAAACUUCAUCAUCUUCAUUCCUGCAUUACUUCUAGCAUUCACUAUUUCUGCAAUCUGCUACAGUCUUGUGGUGCGCUCGAUGUCCCGGCUCGACACUAGCCAUGACAGUGGACGAGCUAUUAAGAGCAAAUCACGUAAAAUGGUUGCCAUUUGUUUGGCAAUAUUUGUUAUUUGUUUCACGCCUAUGAAUGUGGUGCGCAGUGUGGGUGUUGUAGUCAAGAAAUUGUUCCCUCACGAAUGCAGCCUACUUUCAGGAGUUGAAACAGCAUACUAUAUGACAUGGAUUUUGACAGGAGCAAAUUGUUGUCUCGAUCCAAUUAUAUAUUGUUUCAGCUCUAAGAAAUUUUCAAAAAAUUUUCUUAUCUCUCAUACCAGCAUGAGGCUUCAAACAGCUUGUGAUUCUUCAUAA